AUGCCUGUUGUACGCAUUUCUAUUCGCAAAGACUUAAAGCGUGAGACAAAACUUGCAAUCUCCGACGCAGUUCACCGUGCCCUUGUUGAGGAAUUCAAGAUUCCAGAUGCAGACUUCUGGCAUAUUAUUGAUGAAGUCGAGCCAGGCAACAUCAUCUUCCCAAAGGAAUAUCUUGGCGUUCAGCAUGGUGAAAACCUUACAAUUGUCAACAUCUGCGCUGCUGCUGGAAGAACACCAGAGAUCAAGAGAAACCUUUUCAAGGCUAUCCACCGCUAUGCUACAGCUAACCAAACAGAAGUUCCAGGAAAUGACAUUUGCGUCUUCCUGCAGGAGAACAACGGCCUUACUGAUUACUCAUGGGGCAAUGGCGAAGUUCAACUUCCACCACAUCUCCUCGCUAAGCUGAAAGAGAUGGAAGCUGCUAAGUAA